AGCCGCCCACAUUUUUCUACAUGUUUCACAUUUUCACAAGAUUCAUAAGCCGCCUUCAUUGGUCCCUCGCGAUAAAUACGUGUGGUACACUUCUUAGUCAUAAUUCACAUCCCUCAUAUUAGAGAUGGAGCACAACCAAAUACUUUUCCUGGCUUUACCAAAAUCAUCUGAUUCAGCUUCUCCUAAUCUUCCAUCAAACCCAUCAAAUAUUUCUCAAGUGUUUCCUCGUUUUCACUUUGACAGCGCAGGUCUAAUGAAGAAUGAAGCAAAAAUUUAUCAGCAUUGUGGAACCUCUUAUGGUUCAGUGGACAAGAUGAAAUCCGGCAAGAAAGAAGGUGGCAAAGAGACCAAGAAGCACAAAUAUGCAUUUCAAACAAGGAGCCAGGUUGAUAUACUUGAUGAUGGGUACCGAUGGCGAAAAUACGGGCAAAAAACAGUUAAAAACAGUAAAUUUCCUAGAAGCUACUAUAGGUGCACGCAUCAAGGGUGCGUUGUCAAAAAGCAAGUCCAACGCCUUUCGAAAGAUGAAGAGAUUGUUGUGACGACAUAUGAAGGAAUCCAUUCACAUCCCACUGAUGAAACUUCCGCAGAAAACUUUGACCAGAUACUGAGACAUUUACAAACAUAUAAUGCCUAAUAAAGCAGGCAAUAUUGCCACCAUGUCACAUAGGGUUGGAGGGUCUUCAUAGGCAAAUGGUUUUUGAUGCUAUGCUGUGCAAAUUUGCUUGAUAUGCAAAAUACAAGUCAUGCUAUCAGGCAACGAUCUGCUAAUCAAAAUGGGAAGACAAAUCUUAUACGCUUGUCUUACAUGCAUCCUCUUUUGGAUAGUUUCUAGAAAAUUUUAUUUCCUCCUUGCUUUCAUGUUUCUACAUAUGCUUUUUAUUACUAUUAUAAGAUAAAUCUGCUGAGUCACUGCUUUGGAAAA